CCCGAAGACGCGUCAGAAAGUGCCUCACACAUGGAUGAGUGUAGUAUGCCUGGUCAGGAUCGAUCGGUGGGUCGGUCAUCGGCUGGCUGUUCCUCUACUCACUCACUCAGUUACUUAUCAUGAUCAUCUAGCUCAUCUGGUGUCUACACAAUGCUGCACUGUCUGUCUGUCUGCCUGUCUGUCGGUCGGUCGGCGGUGUUACGCUUCCUCUCUCCAGCCACCAAGUAAGUCAUGACGCUGUUAAUUGCUCUGACGUCAUUUCCGUAGGUAUCAUUAGACCAGCGAACGAACGAACGAACCUUCCUCCCUCGCUCUCUCCCACUCACUCAGAGAUGGACAAAAAGAAAGCCAGUCUGUCUGUGAGGGUGGGUGUGCACCUGGCUUGCUGUGUGCGUGUGUCUGUGUGUGUGUGUGGAGUGGCAAGCUACGAUAAACUACAAGGGAAGGAGAGGCCGGGCAAGGGAGAGGGAGGGAGGGAAGGAGGGAGGGAGGGGGAGGCAGAGUGUGGGCAGGCAUCUACCUUGUGCACUCUCUCACACACACACGUCUUGUCUUUCUCAGAUUCUCUCUCGUGCGAUCGCAUCCAACGACAAGAGAUAGCUAGACGAUGGGCGGCCAGGCAGACACAUAUUCAGGCAGGCAGGCAGGUGGGCACGCCCCCACCGUGGGUACGGCAGAUGCUCUAACUAACUGACUCCCUCCCCUCCACGCAUCAAUCACAUCAUUCCUUUCUCCGCUACUUUUAACCUUAAAAGACAGCCGCCCCACGCCACGCCCGUCAAGUCAUGCCGUUGAGCUGCCCGUGUGCAUGAGCAGCAUAGCCAUAAUAACCGUGGUGCACCGGGGGAUGGUGCACCCCCACCCCCACCCCCACACCCACGCCGCCCGUCUGCGCGCCAGCGGCCAAGACAGAACCGCCGUAGCCCCCAGCACCGUGACCAUACGCACCAGCAGCAGCACCGUACAUGCCCAUGCCCAUGUGCUGUCCGGGUGGCGGGUGCACACCGUGGCCACCGUGAAGGUGGGCAUACUCGUAUGGGGCUGUGUGGGAGUGAUGGGCCGCAGGGGGCAGGCUCACGCUUACACCCACGCUCGGCGGCCACUGGUGACCACCGUGAUGUGGUGGCAAGAAGGGCUCGUUGACGGCCUGUGCGUGCGGGAGUGCGUGUGGGUGUGGGCGUUGUUGAUGUUGCUGAUGAUGCUGCUGUUGCUGAUGCGGAUGGGGGACCAUGGGCGGGGUGUGCUGCGGGUGGUGGUGCCCGUGCUGGACCAUUCCCUCCCCUCCUCCCACUGCUGCUGCCCUGUGUGGGUGGGCAUGUGUGUGAGGGGCUAUGGGGGCCGACGAUGGGAGGGGUGAGUGGAAGGGGUUGAGGUGGGGCGGCAGGUUCUUGCUCGCACGGUCCAGUGCCGCCACGAUGUGCUUGCCUGUCAGUAGGCAGACAGGACAGGACAGGCACCAUCAGCUUCCCCACCAUGCCAUGGCAUGGCGGCGGAGUAUGUGUGUGUUUGCUCGUCUAGUCUACCGUAAGUGAAUUUCUUGAGUGUCGUCAGCUGCUCCCGAAGGCGCGCGAAGAGGACCUCACGGUUGCGACCUGACCCACAGCACAGCGCACACACACACACGGGCGUGUGUGAAGUGGAUGGAUGAACAAGCCUCACGCACCGGAAGCGAUUUCGAUCAUCCUCUGCACGACGUAGUUUGCGUAUCGGUCCCUCAUCAUGGCGUACAGCGGCGCGCCGGUCGCAUGGGCAACGUAAUGAUGACUGCAUAGCCACGCGCACACACACGCGUGUGCAUCAGAUUCCUUGUGUGUGCCUGUGUGUGUCUUUGUUUGUUUACCCAUCUGUGCCUGCUGCAGGUUCGCCGAGUGCUGCAGAGAUGAGGUGCUGCUUCUGGUACUCCUCGGCGAAGUGCAACGCCUUCUCGACCACAUUGCUGAAGCGAAGCGCACCAUAGACACACAGAGGCACAGAGAGACACACACAGAGAGACGAUGGAAUGAUGCGUGCCGUGUGUGUGUGGAGAGAUAGGCUUCCAGUGUACCUGGCGAACUUGUGAGUGCUGAGGUUGAGCAUGUUGGCGCGCAGCUCGUCGAUGAUCGCCCUGCAGAUGACACGCCACACACGAACAGAGGUGCAGUGCAGGGCAGUGCAGUGCCUGAGGAGCGAGGGAGGGGGGGAGGGGUGGAGGGCUGACCCUUUUCGCUCUGGCUUGCCGUGCUGCAUGAUGUGCUGUAUGACGUAGUUGCCAUACUGGUCGGCACACAGCUGCACGAUCACCUCCUUGCGCAACACCUCAUCCAGCAACGGCUCCUGUGUGACACAAAGGACGCCAGCCAAACAUCACAAUCACACCACACACAGGGGAAGGGAACGGAUUGCCGUGCCCUGUCCCUGGUCCGUUCGGUGUGUCCGUCCCUACUAUCUGGGAAGGUCCGCAGUACUCGAGCAGCCUCUGAAUCACUCGGCACCCAUAGCAGUGGACCGACAUCCGCUGCACCUGCACCGACACAGGAAGUAUAGAGAGAAAUGGGUGGAGAGGGAGAGGGAGAGGGGGAGGGGGAGGGGGAGGGGGAGGGGGGGCCAGGUUACCUGUCCCUUGAAGGCAUCUACGAUGAACUGUAUCCUCUCUGGCGGCAUGCGCUCGAUGCACUUCUGGAUGACAUGGUUGCCGUUCUGGUCCUCGAUGCACUUGAUGACGUGGUGCUUCAGCUCGCCAACCAGCAGCACCUGCUGCUCUACCGUGACGGACUGACAACAAGGGAGACACACAGAGGGAGGGAGGGAGGGAGGGUGGUAAGUGUGUGUGUGUGUGAGUGUGUCUGUGGUGUGUGGGUGUACCUCUAGGGCCUUUUGGAUAACUCUGCAGCCAUACAUCUGCAGUGAGAGGCGGAACACGUCUCCCACCAGCUGCUCUGCCAGAAUCCUCUUCUGCUCCUCCGUCCCUUCACACACCCAACACCCACACGCAAGUCAGUGAUUGACCCUUACACCGGACCGGCUGCGUAGGUCAGGUCCCUACCAACUUCAAAGAACUUUUGGAUGACGUAGUUGCCAAACGCGUCGGUGGUCAGCCGCGUGGCCUCCGACAGGAGGCCCAUAAACACCAUCUGCUUCUCGUCCUCACUGCAGGUCUGCACACGCACACCCACAGCCAUCCCAUCCACCCGACCCUCCUCCCCUCUCUCCCUCUCCCCUUCCCCCGCCACCCACCUCAAGCCUUUGUUGGAUGAAUCUGCUGCCGUACUGGUCCUGAGCGAAUUCGACAAGGUGCUGCUGAAUGUCUUCAAGCUCGAACCGCCGCGCGCCGGCCCUAAAUUCCUCCAGCAGCGGCGAGGCGCCCUCUGGCAGGGGCGUGGGCGUCUCCUGCUCGGGGUACCGCACAAAGGGGUUGGUCGGAGGGGUGCCGCUGCACCGCACCAUCGACCACACACAGAGAGAGACAGGCGAGGGAUCAUGUCUUGUCUUGCGCGAUGUGAUGGGGCUGUGUGUGUGAGUGUGGGGGCCGACCGUUUCUUCUUGGCUGAUCCGAUGCUCAUGGUGGUACUGCUGCCGUCCAUCGGGGGAGGGGUGGUGGCGUGCGUGGGGGGCCGGCCGUACUGGUGCUGGUGCUGGUUGUGGUGGGGAUGGUGGGCGUAGUAGGGAGGGGUGGGCGGCCGAGGCGGCCACCCUGACGAAGAUGCCGCCGCGUGUGUGCCGUCUGCCACACACCACACACACAGAGAGAGAACGCACAGUCUUUGUUCGUUCCUGUGUCUAGCGGCUUGCUCGCUCACUGUAAAAGGUUUGUGUCUGGUUGUGAGGUGGAGGGGGGGGCUGUGGCUGUGGCUGUGACGGCGUGAGAGGCCUCUGCGCGCCCUUGGCCAUGUCAAACUCGCCACCACCACCCACAAGUGCCGCCUGGCUGUGGGGAGGCAGCGGGAUGGGCGGCGACAAUGAGGGGGGAGGGGGGAACGUGCUGACACACACACACACAUACACACACAAGUCGAGUGAGACGUGUGAUGUAUGUCGCUUACUUUGCCCCCGGCCUUAGCGGGACGGUCGCGUCGAUGGUGGUCUUCUGGGGGGGCGGGGGGCCGGGACUCUGCUGCUGCUGCUGCUGCUGCUGCUGGUGCUGGUGCUGGUGCUGGUGCUGUGGUUGUGGCUGCACCGGUGGGCUGGCCAUGCCCCCUCCCUGCCCCUGCCCCUGCUGCUGCUGCUGCUGCUGGCUGGCAUCUCCGCCAGACUGAUGUGGCUGUGGCGUGCCGCCCUCACUCGGUUCUGCGGGGGGCUUAGACGGCGAGUGGGUGGUAGUGGUGGUGUGGGCAGCCGACCGCUGCUGUUGUUGCUGCUGUUGCUGCUGCUGGAGCAUGUUCAUGUGCUGGAGGUUCAUCAUGACGUUGACCAUGUUGGGCGGGAACAUGGUGUGGGCGUGUUGUGGAGGCGGCGGCUGGUGCUUCUGCGCCUGUGCGGCCAGCUGCUGCUGCAUGGCGUAGAAGAUCAUGGCAUAGGCGCCGAACUGCUCCUGCAUCGACUGCAGGGCCUGGGGCGUCACAUUGGACGGCAGACUCGACAUAAAGUGCCCGAGCCGCUCCUGCAGGGCCUUGGGGUCGUUGAAGCUUGCAGUGUCCAUCCCGCCCAUGACGCGCUGCAUGGCCUUCUCCCAACUGCUGAGGGCCGCCUGGGGGUCGACGGGCUCUGUGCUGCCGUCGGGGGGCGUUGUGGUGGCGGCAGUGUCGUCAGAGGCGCUCAACGGCUGACGGAUUGAUUGACAAGACAGGCGAUGCGUGUGUGGCUCGGGCUUCGGUGGUGAUGUGAUGUGAUGUGAUGGUUCUUUGCGUUUUCAGCUUACCUGUGUGGGCGUGGUGCCGUCUGCGCUGCUGAGGUGGGUCGUCAGGUUGGCCGCUGAAGAUGCGUUCAGCGGGCCGAACUGCCCCGGAACACCUGACAGACAGACAGACAGACACCAGACAGACAAGAGGGGAGGCGUCACGUCACGGCUGUCCGUGUGUGGUGUGGUUCUGACUUGUCCCGUCUCGACUCACCCAUGAAGGCCGACGGCCACACAGAGCCCAUCGCAUUCGGCGUGGGGGUCGUUGCGCUAGCCACUCCCUGCACACACACACCGCACCGCCCACACCACUCACACACUUGCACGUCACGUCUGUCUCACGCCACGCCCAUCCAUCCAUCCAUCCAUCCAUCCUCACCUCCUUGCCCCCGUCGGAUGCACUGGAGCUCCCCCCCGGCCCGUUGCCCGUCGGUGUGCCCCCGGUGCCGGUGCUGGGCGUGCCACCGUUGACGUUGCUGCCCCCGCCCCCGCCGGCAGCGAUGUUCUGGUGGGCCAUGACGGCGUUCAUGAAGAAUGGGUUCAUGUUGAGCGGCAUCCCUGCUGCACCCAUGCCUGCACCCAUGUUGGCCGCCAGGAGGUUCAUGUUGGCCAGUGCGUUGGCCUGCUGCUGGGAGCUGGUGGCGGCGAGCAUGUUGGGGUGGUUGGGGAUGGCGAAGGGCGUGGGGAAGGGCAGGGAGGGCAGGGGGGAGGAUGACGACAGCAUGCCGCUGCUGCUGCUGCUGCCGGUGGUUGCUCCUGGGGCAGUGGCGGAGCUCCCUGCCGCUUGUGGAGGGUUGCUGGUGGUGGUGGUGGUGCUGCCCUGCUGUGGGUUUGCGGCACUGACGGUCGUUGCCGUGGUCGACGUGGCAGUCACCGUCUCGCCCGGGGUGCCUGGCCUCUGCCCCUGCUGCUGCUCGCCGUCCUUGCCCACCACCCCAUCACCACCUCCGCCACCACCACCACCGAGUGCCAUGCUACUAAACGGCCCACCACCCAGAAUGGCCGCAACGCCGUCACUCGCCCCCUCUCCACUCACACCCUCUCCCUUGCCAGCGGCAUCGCCGUCGCUACCCGGUGUGGGUGUGAGUGUGGGCAUGGCACUGGACGAUUUGACGCUGUUGGGGACAGACGAAGGGGCGGCGUUGGGCGGGCUCGGGGUGAGGGCCGCCCCUGCAGCUGAAGGUGCGGCGGGUGCUGAGGCGGGUGCUGCUGGUGAUGCGUUUGCGUUGGGUCGCCCGCCGGAUGAUGGGCCGAAUGGGUGUGCGCCGAGGAUGGCGUCUGCCGAUGACUUGUUCUCGUCAUGCUCGCUGAUCGACUCGAACCGCGGCCGUCGGUCGUCCCAAGAGGGGAAUAUACCGAACCUGACACACACGCAGCACAACACAGCAGGGCCACCAUCCUUCCAUCUCCCGCCCUCCCUCCCUCUUUAUUUGACUCACUUGGUGUUCUGGUAGUUGUAGACGGGCGAUGGCGUGCGUGGCCAGUCCUCCUGCUGCGCCCAGGCGUUGGGGGUGGGCGGACUAGACGAGGGGCCCCCGCCGAUGAUACCGGGAUUGUUGUUGCCCACGCUGCUGUUGCUCCCCGGCUGGCUCGGUAGCAGCGCCCCCGACGGAUCCACGAUCUGGUGGCUCUCGAGGUCCAGGUGAAGGGACUGUGGUGGGGUGGACCACACAGACAGAACGGCACAGAAUGGGAGCGUGGUGCUGUGGCUGUGGCUGUGGCUGUGUGUGGGAGCCCGAUUGCUUACCUGUGUGAUUUUGGGGUUGUCGACGCUGGUGGUGGUGGUGUCCCCGCGAAGCUCCUGGUCUGACAUGGCCGUGAGCGAAUUCGACCGCAACCUAUUCGGCGGACUCUGCAGACACUCACACAGACAGACAGGAAACAUAGCCAUCCAUCAUUGGAACGGUCACACAAACCAACACCCACCCCAUCCAUCUCUUACCGGCCCGCUUGCUUACCGGCAUAUUCGCCCCGUCUGCCGUGCCACUAGUGACCCCCAGCAGCGCCCCCGAGAAGAAUGACCUGCUGUUGGCGUCGUUGCCGCCCCCUCGGCUGUCGUCCCCUCCCCGCCCAGGGUCAUCAGGGAGGGGAAACCGGGCGCCGCCCCAAUGGCCGGGGGAAAACGCACCCAACGCACCCGCCAACAUCUGCACACACCAUGUAUAGCACCCCACACCGGCCCACCCAGAGAGAGUGUGUCCAGCCCAGCGAUUGGGGAGUGGGUGAGUGAGAGAGUGGAUGUGAUGUGAUGUGUACCUGUUCCCUUAAAGACGGCGGUGCGGACUGACAUCCCUCCCUCUGCGCGUUGCCGCCCCCCUCCCCCCUCCCCCCCGCCACUGUGGCCUCCAGGGCGUUGUCCAUCGCCGCCGUGGGCGAGCCGGGCAUGCUGUCGUCAGAGAACAGCAGCGACCGCACGAUCGAGUUGGGCACAUUGCCGUCACACUCGGUGUCGCCCUGGUGGUCGGCGUCGCCGUCAGCCACGCCGGGUGGUCCAUCGCCACUCACACCAUCGGCAGGGCUGUCCGUGGCUGCUGGGGUGAGCUUCCCAUCUGUGUUUGCGGCAGUGCUGGUGCUGGUGUGUGUGGAGUGGUCGGGCUGCUCGGAGUUGGGCUGCUGUGGCUCUUCGGAGGGGAGAGAGGGCGGCUGGCUGCCCUUGCUCAUGUCGUGUGUGGUCAUCUGUUCGGGCGACCAACCCUGAAGGAAGACACGCGGUGGGGGAUGGUUGGCUGUUUCCCUGCCGCCUUUCGUGUGUGCCGACCGACCUUGUCAGGCAAAGACGCGGUGCGGUCCCUCAGACAGAGUUAAACCCACCCUGCGCUGCACAAAAAACAGAAACAAAACAAAACACACACAAAGAGAAUUGGGUGAAGCGAGGCCGUCACAGACACACUCAGGAGACACAAAGUCUGCCGACCUGGGUGCGUGUGGCACUCAGAACAGCCCACGGCCACGCCUCUGACGCUCCCCUCGUGGAGCUGGCCUGCCUCCCUGCCGCAAACCCUCCCUCUCUGCCCGCCUGGCUGCCGUCGCAGAUCCUCCCUGGCCGCCGGAGCAAACCCUCUGCCCGGCUCAGUGCAGUGCCCUCCUAGCCUGACUGCUGUGUUUCGCCGCUGCUCGUCUCACCUUUCAGCCGCGCCUCUCGUGAGCUGGUCGUUUGCAAGAUGUCAGCAUACUUUUUUGCCAAAUCUGUAGACCCGAUGUUCUGCUGUGCCUCAGGCUACGAAGCAACGUGAAGCUUGGAGUUUCUCG